CUUUUGAAGUAGGUCGUCGAGGAAAUCCCGGAAAUAGAAAUAAACUGCUUUACGUGGACUUUUCCAGCACAUUUUCGGGAUGGCCACCGCGCCUGAGUCCUCACUUCACAUGAGGUCGACGGAUCUCAUUAUAAAAGAACCCCUGGAUUACGGAGGUUUUGGAGAAGUUUACUUAUGUUAUCACGUGACGCUGGGCCAGGUGGUGUUAAAGACUAUGUACACUGGACGUCUGCGCAACGAGGAGAGUAAAAAAUCACUACUGGAGGAAGGAAAGAUCAUGGCGAGCCUGAACCAUGAGCGAGUGGUCAAGUUGCUGGGUGUGAUUAUGGAGGAUCGAGAUUGCUCUCUUGUCAUGGAACUCAUCCCCAGAGGCAACCUACUGGACAUGCUGGAGACCGUCAGUGUGCCGAUAUCUAUCAAGGGAAGAAUCAUUCUAGAGAUUUUGGAGGGAAUGAUGUACCUCACAGAAAAGAAUGUCAUACACAAGGACAUCAAGCCAGAAAACAUCUUAGUGGACAAGGAUUUUCACAUCAAGAUUGCAGAUCUUGGUCUGGCCACCUGCCAAACGUGGAGUAAACUCACCAAGGAGGAAUCUCGCAGGAACAGCCGUAUGAGGCGAUCGACUGGUGUGAGAGGAGCUGGCACACUGAGCUACAUGGCCCCGGAGCACCUGGAGAGUAUUCAUAAUCCCUCCACUGAGAAGUCUGACGUGUACAGUUUUGCCAUCGUGGUGUGGGUCAUUCUCACAGGGGAAGAGCCAUAUGCAAAUGCCAGGAGUGAAGACCAAAUCAGCCAGUGUGUUCGUAACGGUGACCGACCGGCAGAGGAUCUUAUUCCAGAGGACACACCUUCUGAAAUAAUUCAGCUCAUGAAAAGAUGCUGGGAUCGCAAUCCUGAGGAACGGCCGACUUUUAAAGAGGCCUACAACAUCUUCCGUCCUUUCUACAUGGAAAACCUUGAACCACUUGUAGAGGAAGAUUUGCUUCACCUGAAGAGUUCAUACGAAGGCCCAGAGGAUCUUGUUGAGAAGAUGAAGUCUUUAUCAGUGAGCCCUGAAAGUUUUUCAGGAGAUUGCCCCGCUCCGUUGAUAAGUUCAGACAGAAGUGUGUCCGUGCCAGUUGAAGCCAGUAUCGAGGAUCUGCACGGCAACCAAUAUGAACAAUGUCCAGGGCAUCUUCAGACAGAUGCUAAGGCAAGUAACAGCCCUUCAGAGUUGCAGGAGAAGCUGGAUCGGGAGCUUCAGUACCACAAACACGGCAGUUAUAACUGUGAGAACCACUCCGAUGCUGGCAACUCCUUCCAUACCGCAAAUCCUUUCCUGAGAAGCAACGUCAGCAUUUCAGAUCACUCUGCACGGCAACCAGAACAAGAAAAAUCUUCUGUACUCUCCUGGACAAAAGCUGAGCCGUUGUGGCCCACAAACCAGGAAGAGCCUUGGUAUCGUCCCUCUGCAGGUGCCUUUGAGACCUCUUCCACACCUACUCCAUUCCACUUACCUAUGUCUUCCAGCACACCCUCUCUGUCAGCGUUUAACCAGCAACAUCCCCACUCCCACUUGGACCGGCAGCAGUCCUGGCCAACUUACCCAGUGUCUGAUACGUCUGCCCCUGACCUCACCUCUGGACAUGUUUUGACCACUUCAAAGAGUUGCCAGAUGCACGAUCAGGGAUCCCUUUACAUUCAGAAUGCCAGCGGGAUUCAGAUUGGAAGCAACAACACAAUGAGCAUCAGAGGUUAUGACCCCUCUCUUAGCUUGUCAUCUGUAUCUGCUAACAGCUCAACUAACUCUCCCAUCAAAGAAGGCAUUCAGAAAUAUGAGGACCACGCUGUGACGGAGGAGCACCUGGACGUGCUAAGAGAAAACAUUGGGACCAAGUGGAAGCGCUGUGCGCGGCGUUUGGGUCUGACCAAUGUGGAUAUAGAGACCAUAGAGCAUGAUUGCUAUCGUGAUGGUCUGCCAGAAAUGGUGCACCAGAUGCUGGAGCGCUGGAAAAUGAAGGAGGGCUGUAUUGGGUGUACAGUUGGGAAGCUUUGCCGAGCUCUAGACGGAAACAUAAAGGUAGAUGUCAUCCAGAAAAUACUAGACAUCUGCAAUUCGUCUUCCUCACUGGGAUAAACCUUACAGCAACUGACGUGUCUCAUGUUCUCUGAUUGAUUUAUCAUCUACGGUGGCCACAAUUAUAAACUCUGCUCAUGGCUCUGAGCCUGAAGGAUCACUUUAGUAGAGGUGGACACACUGAAAACUUAUCACCUCAUUUGAAAUACAUUUUCCUGCUUUUCAAAAAUGAUAAACAUAGAGCUUAAUGACAGUCGUUACAUUAGGAAAUAGUCUUUGACAAGUUACUAAACACUGUUUCGAUGAAAUUGAAUGCCUUUGUGAUGGUUAUAAGAUGCAAUUGCAUUUUUAAAUGGCUAUAGCUUUGCCUGCUAAGAAGAUAUUAACAUGGUCGGGUUCAUGAAAUUUCAAAAUUGUGGAUUUUUGUAUUGCUCUAUAUGGUGACAAGUCUCUAAAUAUUCAUUUCAGGCUAAGGUUUAAAUUUGAAUAUGAACUGUUUCGAGGUUGUUGGGUUUUGGUUGGUGUGAAGAAGCCAGCGGGUUUGUGCACAUUAACAGAAUAAUGAAUUCAUGUACAGGGACUGUCAAAUGGUGUGUGGUACACAUUUAUUCCAGUCCAACACAAACAUAAUGACUACAAUCACAGAACAGGUAAGGCCAAUGAGCCUGUGACAAGCUGAAAACAUCAGCAGUCAUAAGGAACAAUGAAAUGCAAAUGAAAACGUGUGCUGUCACGAGUAAGCCAAACUGCUACCAUUAAUCUGAUGGCGGUAAAGCAAAAGUACGUGUGAGUUGGUGAUUAAAUUCUUUUAAUGUUAAUGAAGUGAUUCAUUCAAACAUAAUAAGCAUUUUGGAUUGAAACGUUACUUUCUCUCAGUCAGAAUUAUAGCAUCUUGCCAAAGACAGAGAGAAGUGUGUCUGUGUAUAGAUAGAGACAGUAUUGAGGGUCUGCAUGUCAAAUGUCUUUUCUUCAUCUUCAUGCAAACUACUUUUCAGCAUUACAAAAGAACUCCAUGCAUGUAUGAAAAGUCUUUAUAUUCACGCGUUUCCAAAGCGUAAUGUAGUUUUACUUCCAGAAUAAACUGAGUAUGUGUGUUUCAACGCGACAGUGUGACCUUAAAAAAAAUCUUGUUUUUUUACAUUUUGCACUAAUCAAAAAAACCUCAUUUUUUUCAAACUUUGAAUAAUGUUUUAGUUUAGCAGAUUCUUCAUCAUAUUCAUUACAGCUGUUAUCCUCUGACAAAUAUGUUUAUGAAGUUAGUUACUGAUAACUAGUCCCGAGCGGUCACUAUAUCAUAUGUUUAAAAACAGCAACAGGCUUUAAUUUUUAAGUGUGUCGUUCUCCAGUGCAGUACUGUGCAAUAUUCUUGAGCCACUCUUCAUAUUGUGCGUGAAAAGAGCGAGACGUUCAUGUAAUUUUUAAAAAUUCGUCCUGAGCUAUAGCUCUCCGGGCUUUCUGAAAGUCUUGUUUUGUGUUUCUUUUGCCAUGGGCUGUUUUUCACUCAUUUUCAGUUCAGUCAUUGUACCUGACCACUUUCAGAGGAACGCUGCAGAAUGAAUAAUUCAAGCAUAAUCCCUAAUUACCUUCGGGAUUAAUAAAGUAUUCUGAUUCUGAUAAGAAAUGCACCUAACACAAGGGACGAGCAAGUGUUGUGUCUACACAUAACAGACACCCUAGGAAAGAAACUAUUUUUAGUUGUAUCUUUAGGCACAUGUGCUUUUUUUUACUAGCAGCAAAAACAAAUUCUUGUUUUUCACAUUUUAGCAUGAUCUGUAAGAAAGACCACAGAUAAAGCAGUUAGACAGGCAUAAAAUAGUUUUUUGCACCAACAAGGGGAUUUCCAAAGAGCAGUUAGCUGAAAACUUACAUCUCGGUAUGAUGUGGCAUCUGUCCUUAAAAAAAUAUGAGCAAACUGGAUAAAUGGAGGACAAACACUGAAGUGGCACGCCUAAAAAAUAUACAUUUACACCAGAUGAAUGGGGAGAAAAGGCUGAGGUAUGACACAAGAAACACAAGAACUGGGUUGAAAAUCAGUGGGUCCAAAUUGAAAAUUUGUGGCUCGAAUCAAUAUGUACCAAGUGAGAUGUUUUACAGAUGUUUACAGCAAUCUAUCUCAGUCAUGGUUUUAAGAUCAUUAGAAUUGUAUAAACUCUGUUUUUGCCUCCUAUACUGUAUUUCCAUGUUUGCACGUUUCAGUAAAUCGCUCUACACUGUUCUCUUGUUUCUAGCAAAUGUAAAGAAUUGAGGGGUGGCUUGAGACUUUUGCACAAUACUUUAUGUCACAGAAAAACACAUUUUCCUUCCAAGUAAAUAUUGUGUACCGCAGUGUGUGUUUAUUUUUCCGUCAGCUUAUGCUAAAACUGUCAGGAUACAUGGUGAGAUGUGAGACACAGGUCACUUUUUUAACAAUAAAAAA